CGUAGCUCAGGUCCCUAUCUCAGAACAUGGUGUACUGUGGGCGAAUCCGGUCGCCCAUUUUGACAAUUGUGAUCAAGGAUAUUCGUUAGAUGAGAGAGUUGAAACCAGGGAAUGAAGACGAGGGCGAGGAGAGGAUCGACAGCAACAUAUGGAGGAUGUCAAGGAGUAAGAUCAAGCAGAAUGUAGAGAUCUGUCUGAGGGGGAGAACUGGGAGAUCAGAUGCUGGAUUGAGUCAUUCAUAUCCUUAUUGUUCUAUUGUCAUCAAUACCCAAUGUGUUAAAUAGUGAAUGUAGUAAU